GAGGGACCCGGUACCUUCCCGCGGCUGGAGCAGGCUUGCAGCACCGGACCUGGCAAUGCCGUUUGGCUGCGUCACCCUGGGAGACAAGAAAGAUUACAACCAGCCAUCUGAGGUGACUGACAGAUAUGACCUGGGACAGGUCAUCAAAACGGAGGAAUUCUGUGAAAUAUUCAGGGCCAAAGAGAAGACGACGGGAAAGCUCUACACGUGUAAGAAGUUCCUGAAGAGAGAUGGACGGAAGGUGCGGAAGGCGGCCAAGAAUGAGAUCAUCAUCCUGAAAAUGGUGAAGCACCCCAACAUCCUGCAGCUGGUGGAUGUGUACGUCACCCGCAAAGAGUACUUCAUCUUCCUUGAACUGGCCACAGGCCGGGAGGUGUUUGACUGGAUCCUGGAUCAGGGUUAUUACUCUGAGCGGGACACCAGCAAUGUCAUCCGACAAGUGCUGGAGGCCGUCGCUUACCUGCAUUCACUCAAGAUUGUGCACAGGAACCUCAAGCUGGAGAACCUGGUGUAUUACAACCGCCUGAAGAACUCCAAGAUUGUGAUCAGUGACUUCCACCUGGCAAAGCUAGAGAACGGCCUCAUCAAGGAGCCCUGUGGCACCCCAGAGUAUCUAGCUCCGGAGGUGGUGGGACGCCAGCGGUACGGACGGCCUGUGGACUGCUGGGCUAUCGGUGUCAUCAUGUACAUCUUGCUGUCGGGGAACCCACCCUUUUAUGAGGAGGUGGAAGAGGACGACUAUGAGAACCACGACAAGAAUCUCUUCCGCAAGAUCCUGGCCGGCAACUACGAAUUCGACCCGCCUUACUGGGAUGACAUCUCCCAGGCGGCUAAGGAGCUGGUGACCCGUCUGAUGGAGGUGGACCAGGACCAGAGGAUCACAGCUGAAGAAGCCAUCUCCCACGAGUGGAUUUCUGGCAACGCUGCCUCAGAUAAGAACAUCAAAGAUGGUGUCUGCGCUCAGAUCGAGAAGAACUUUGCCAGAGCGAAGUGGAAGAAAGCCGUGCGAGUGACCACACUCAUGAAGCGACUCCGUGCACCCGAGCAGGCUGAGCUGGCAAAGCCAACCCUGCCAGCUGCCGCCACGCCGGACAGUGCCGCCUCGCCGGCCCCCACCGCCACCCCGCAGCCUACGGCCGCUACUGCACCUGACAACACUGCCCCGACGGUGGGAGCCCCGGCUACGUGUAAUGGAGAAGAAGCCACUGCCCCCAGUGCUACCCCCGAGGCCUGGACCGAGGAGACCGGCUGAGCAGGAGGGACGGGGUGGGGAAGCACUGGAUCUCUCAUUGUACAUAGUUGCUGGCAUGGUAUCCAAAUCUCCCCUGGCUCUGUGUCUGUCCCUACUGUGUGCCUAUUUGUCUGACUCUGUCUACCCCCAGCUGGGCCGCUAUAGAGAGCUUCUAUUUUCUAUGUUCCUGAGCCUGGAGCGACCCGAUAGGCCCAGGUGGAGAGACAGAGGCAGAAGCAGAGCCCCUUGCAUGGAGUUUUCUCUCUCUCCUUUGCUUUUCUUUUCUCUGUCUCCUUGGGUGGCUUUGUUGG